AUGUCCCGUCUGUCAAUAGCAACCAAGUCACGCCUCCCAUCCUCUCUUCGCGUCGAAUCCUCCAACACAGCCGUCAUCAAAACCAUCAGUCGGCUCUCCCGCGAAGCCCUGAUCUUGCUGGCCCUCGAUUGGCUCGACGGGCAAUCAUUGGCCUACACCGCGCCCUAUCUGUCUCCCCCGAGAGCCGACGAUGACGACACACCCGACGACUCAGCGGAUCUCUAUCCGCCAUGCAAGUCGGUCGAGGAACUGCACGAUCUCUACUCGGACCUGCAACAACAAAAAGGCUCUAAGCGCGACGUGGUCAGCCGCAUACUAGAGGGUGACUGGCGCCAUGGGUUGACGCUGUAUCAGCUCGCCAUGAUCGACUUUGCCUACCUGGACGAGCAUCCGACCUCUCAGAAAUGGACCGCCUACAAGAUCCAACCCUUACACCUACCUACGAAAGGAGCCGAUGAUGAAGUUCUCAAGGUGGACGAGAAGAGUCUCAACUUGCCGAGAUUUCAUCCCUCUACGUUUCUGCAGAGUCUACAGGAACAGGUCCUCCCCGAUAUUAAAGCACACUACCACUUCUCGAGACCGAAGAAGUUUCCCUUAUUACUCCUGCGCAUUUUUGUAAUUGAGUCACCGUAUAACACCGACCUAGCCCUUUCCGGCCCAACGGGAAAUGGAAACACCACCAACUUCAGUUCCUCGCGCACCAUAUACUUGGCUUUCCCGGACGGUUCGCCAGCAUUGUACAUAACCAGAGCCCAAGCAACCGGUCCCAUUAGCCACGGAGAAUCAAAAAGCUUACACGGCCUCAUAGCAAACGGUGUCCCACAGGCGCUGUCCCGGCCUCGGGAGCGAUAUACACUCAAACCAACAAGUCUGGUGAGCAGGAAUCUGGAAGCUCUCCUAGACAAGAGAGGACCAGGAAGGAGUAACGCCGCAGGAGGUGGAUGGAGUAUUUAUGCAAACGAAAAGGACAAGAAGUCGCCUCUGGACACAGUUCUCCCAACCCCACCGCUGUCCAGGGAAUCGUCAUCCAACGCAGAGACGGCUCAAAAGCGCUCAAGACCCCUAUCACAACAUGAACGGGCAGCGAAAAGGGCCAAGACCGUGGCCAAAGCACGGUUUGGCAACUCGGGCAUUGUGUCUGACGGCAAGGGUAUUGAGCGCUUCGAAAUCAUCAUGCAGGACCCGUAUCCCACUAUAGACGGGCUGUUUGUCCAAGACUCGGAAGAUGAAGAUGACAGGAUGAAUCGGCAGACGGAGAGACGGAAAAGCAAAAUCGACACGGCGCUACGGCAAGCCUUGGGCGAUAAUGAAGAAGAUAUUGAGGACGAUACAGACCCUACGCGAUGGACGCCCAUAAUACGAAUAAACUUUCAGGGGCCACAUGUUUUCGCGGGAAUACGACAACUAGUCGAGGCGGGAAUAGUAGAUGGAGAGCGUAUGCCAGGCUGGAUGACGGGUGAAGACGGAGUCACGACUGGCGUUGUAAAAAACGGCUUGAUACGGGGUCACAAGGGGUCUGGGUUAUGA